ACUCUCUCCUAGGACUGUAUCCACCUUUUCCAGCCCACCGGAGCACCUGAAAGCUAUGCUAAUUUAUGCAGGCUAAAGACAGCACCUGAAAGCUGAACUAAUUUAUGCAGGCUAAAGUCAGCAACUGCCGAGCUGAGGAGUUUGUGACGAAUGAAAUCACUGUAAGUUCGCUCAUCUCUACACAUGAUUUAAUAAGGACUGACCAAGAAGCGGUACGCACUUUGAUUGAACUCAUGGAUGAACAAGAACCACAACCUACAGAGACCCUGCCAUCUUUUUUAAAAGACACCAAUGAUGUACUAAGAAAAUUAGACAACUUGCAACUCGAAUCCGAUAUGGUUAUAGCUACCUGUGAUGUGGAGGCACUUUAUACUUCUAUCCGACAUAGUGACGGAAUACGAGCGAAAAAGUACUUCUGCCAACACUAUACUUCAUGCAAAAUCCGGACACCCACGACACCUAGUGAAUAACAUCCCAACUGGACAAUAUCUUCGGGCACGACGUAUCUGUUCCAAUACCUUGGACUUCGAGAAACAAGCUGAAGAUCUUCAGGUUAAAAGACGUACCAUCAAACAGGAUUCCGAUACCGUUAGAUUCAUCACAACAUACCACUCACGGACCCAAGAUAUGAACACAGCAAUUGCAAAAUACUGGCCCUUACUUACGACAGACCAGGUUCGGGGCAUUGAUCGGGUCUAUGCUGGCCCUCGUGGCGGCAAUUGGAAAACUCUUCUCGCUCAAAAAGAAUGUAAAUGGAUUGAAAUUUUGGGAACAAAAACUCCGGCUGGAUUGAACGAGAUCAACAGUUUUGCCUCCUAUUUGGUCUACAAUACAUCUUGCUCAUCAUUCUAUCAAUAUGGCGGGAGACUCCCCUUUUCCUUCCUUUUCUCUCCUCCUUUCCCAUGUUCCCCAUCCUUAUGUACUAUUCGAUAUAUCUUUAAUGUAUUUAUUAUUGUUGCUAUUACUAGUAGUGCUGUCCAAUUAACUAUCUGUGGAUGGUUCAUUUAUGUAUAUUCAUACAAUAUUGAUUUGUCUUUCUUAAAUUAUGUUUAAAG